GGGUGUUGCGGCAACAAUUUUGCCAACCAGUCAUUGGCAGGGCGCUUGGCUCCCCGGAUUGCGGAGGUCCCGCCCUUGAGUCACUCUGCAGACGCACGCAAGCACACGAUGCAGACAGAUGAUCUGGGCAUUCGUUCUCCCGCCGCCACAGCUUCCGCUGCGAGUCAUGCCACACGCUGCCCAAUAACCACUGUGCGGACUGCUCUGGAUGGCUUGCUGGAGACAACACCCAACAUGCCCUUCUCCAGGCGAACCUGGCAGAGCUUUACAGAUCACCUGGCAUCUCUGUGACGAGGCACACUCAGUGGUGAGCCAGCCGCCACAGUUAUGGUGUUUAGCAGGCGACGUGAACCUGCAGGCCCAAAAGAGAAAGGCUGCCCAGCGUUUGAUGGGCAUCGCUUUUCGAUUGCCCCAUCUCUUACUGUCUCGGCACCACUCUCUCCCCUCGUACAUGACUGCUCCUCCGCGCCCUGUCGUUUACACUGCCCAAAGCCCCCUCCAAACGAAAACAACACGGCUGCAAGCACGUCUGCAAGAAUCCACACGCUGGAGAAGAGCCGCAGAAUGCGUCUCACAUCACAUCCGAGCACGCUUGUCCUCGGCUGCCGUCGGCGCAAGGGCCAUAAAAAAAGGUCCGAUCGUCGGGGGAAGCGGCUUUCGACUGUGAUAAGAGCCCUAUCUCGUGUGCUGCUGCUGAAUGGAGCCCGUCGUUCGAUGCUCCACUUGGACAGGCCGGCUGCGUUGUGUUGCACCGUACUGGCUGUGAUUGUCAGCAGCAGAGUCAGAUCAGUGGGUUCGUCAUCUCGGUCGAAUGACGAACAAUAUUGUCUCGCACGCCGUUUGUCUCUGACAGGCACAUGGUGGGUGGUUCUGA